GUUGCAUGUAUACAUUACAUGUAUUUUCAUUUAUUUUACUUGUAUAAAAUAAUAUUUGUAGAAUUUUAGGGUCCCAAGGCCACAUGAGAGGAUCAUAUUAAACCAUGCAUGUGUUACAUUUUGACCCAGAAGAUUUUGCUAAAUGUCUACAUUUCUUUGUACAAAGAUGUAUUUGUUCUAAACAUUUAGUCAGAGAAAUAAAAGCAGUUAUGGUAAUUAUUGAAAUCCCAAGACUGUCGUGAUAUGCAUGUCCAUUACAAGUGCAUGUCAAGUUUUGACCUCAACUGCACUAUCCUUAACUCUCCAAAUUAAAAUGUUAACCUGAUGUAAUUACAGAGAAGUCCAAGCUAGUGUUACCAAAGCCUGAGCUGAUUCCUUCUGCACUCCAGGAUGGCGUCAGAGUCUGUGAAGGUUGUAGUUAGAUGCCGGCCGCUGAAUGACAGAGAGAAGGCCCUUAACUGUAAGAUGGUGGUGUCUGUGGAUACCAGCCGCUGCCAGUGUUUUAUUAAAAAACCAGGAGCUGCUGAGGAGCCACCCAAGCAGUUCACAUUUGAUGGGACCUACUUCAUCGAACAAACCACUGAGCAGAUGUAUAACGAGAUUGCAUAUCCUCUUGUCGAGGGUGUAACAGAAGGGUACAAUGGAACCAUCUUUGCUUAUGGACAGACAGGGAGUGGCAAGUCGUUCACCAUGCAGGGGGUAUCAGACCCGUCAACUCAGAGAGGAGUCAUACCAAGAGCUUUUGAGCACAUCUUUGAGACCAUUCAGUGUGUGGAAAACACCAAGUUCCUUGUGAGGGCAUCUUACCUUGAGAUCUAUAAAGAGGAAAUCAGAGAUCUUCUGGGAAAGGACACCAAACAUAAGCUGGAGCUGAAGGAACACCCAGAGCAAGGGGUGUAUGUCCGGGACCUGUCCAUGCACACGGUGCACAGUGUCGGGGAGUGUGAGCGGAUCAUGGAGCUGGGCUGGAAAAAUCGCUCAGUGGGCUACACACUCAUGAACAAAGACUCCUCUAGAUCUCAUUCCAUAUUCACCAUCCACCUGGAGAUCUGCAGCACAGAUGCUGCUGGUGAAGACCACUUACGUGCUGGCAAGCUCAACCUGGUGGACCUGGCCGGGAGUGAACGCCAGUCCAAGACCGGUGCUACAGGAGAUCGUCUUCAAGAAGCCACCAAAAUCAACCUCUCCCUGUCAGCCCUGGGCAACGUCAUUUCUGCGCUGGUGGACGGCCGCUCCAAGCACAUCCCCUACCGAGACUCCAAGCUUACACGCCUCCUUCAGGACUCAUUGGGCGGAAACACCCGUACGUUGAUGGUGGCCUGUCUUUCCCCUGCUGAUAACAAUUACGAGGAGAGCCUAAGUACGUUGCGUUAUGCCAACCGAGCCAAGAGCAUUCAGAACCGUCCACGUGUCAAUGAGGACCCCAAGGAUGCACUUCUGCGUGAAUAUCAAGAGGAGAUCAAGCAACUGCGAGCACUCAUCACUGGCCAGCUGGGCACUGCCAGCCUUGACUCUCUGCUAACAGGUCAGAGCUUGAAGGGGACCCCGUGUGACCAGUCCAGACCACAGAGCAGUACAGCUGAAAGUAAAGCAGAGAAGGAGAAGAUUAAACAGGAAUAUGAGGAGAAGCUUGCCAGGUUGCAGGCAGAGUACAAUGCAGAGCAGGAGUCCAAAGCUAAACUGCAAGAGGACAUCGCUGCCCUGAGAAUGUCUUACGAGACCAAGGUCUCCAGUCUGGAACGGGCUCGAGCUAGUCGAGCAUCAAACUCUAACAAAACUGUGAGUCCUACCAACGGAGCCACACCAGAGCUCUCAGUUUCUCCCCAAGACAUCAGCAAGGAUAAGGAGCAAUCUCAUGAGGGAACUAUUACAGAAGGUCCAGGGGGAGAGAACUCCGAUCCAGACAGAGUGAUUGUUGCUACACCAGCACCGAUGGACCAGAGACAUGUUUUGGAAAGGCUUCAUCAGCUGGAGCAGGAGUUUGUUGGAGGUGAGCAGGCACGAAACGAGGAGCUCAGGCAGAGACGAAGGCAGAGGAGAACUUUAGCUAACCAAAGGAAAAAACAGCUGAUCGAGGCACUGAGUCAAGGCAAUGAGGACAGUGACACAGUUAUGCUUAAUGUCUACGAUUCCAUCCAGGAGGAGGUGCACGCCAAGAACCGACUACUGGAGAACACACAGUGCAAGCUAAAAGCUGCUAAGCUGGAGAUACGGGACCUGCAAGCGGAGUUUGCCGCGGAGCGCGAUGACUAUCUGGCCUCCAUCAGGCGUCUGGAGCGUGAAGCGCAGCUGCUGCAGGGUCUGCUGGAGCGCACGGUGACCCUGGUGCGCAGAGACUGCAACUACAGCAACCUGGAGCGCCUGAAGAAGGAGGCAGUGUGGGAUGAGGAAAACGGAGCAUGGCGGCUGCCCGAGGUACUGGUACAGAAAACAGCGCUACCUGCAGCAGUGUCUCCAUCAACAGCAAGCAGCUCUUUCAGACUCCCAGCAUACAGGAACUCGAUGUCAGAACCAGCAGACCUUUUCAUGGAGGAAGAAGACCGCUAUAAAGAGAUGCUGAAUCGGAGCGACAGUGAAAACAUUGCCAGUAACUAUUUCAGGACGAAGAGGGCCAGUCAGAUUUUGGCCGGAGAUUCCAUUAGGAGCCCUGGGAACAGCUUGGCCCAUCUGAGUUCCAGUGGCUCAAACCUCGCUGCUGACUCCCACCUUCCUCGCCCCUUUCGGCUGGAGUCUCUAGGAAUCAUGCCUGCCAACAGUAAAGCCAAGCGAAAGAAGAACAAACUGUACACCUCCUGCGAUGGCAUAUGAUACUGCAUUAAGGCACAUUUCUUACCUUUCUGUAUCUAACAGAGCUAUCAGAGCACUAAAUUUGCUGCUUUUAAAAUUCUAGGUGCAAAUUAAAGUGUAGCUGGUUACUGACAAAUGUGAUUAAUGUUUGAAUGUGAUUUUAUUUAUGACCUUUUCUAAUGUGACUUUAACUAACUGAAUGUGAGCUGAUUAAAUUAGGAAAGCAAUUUAAUGUAGGAAAUGUGGCUGAAGUUGUUAGCUGAGUUUUAAUAAGAAUGCUACCUAUUACCAUGGACCUGCACUAGUUUUUUCUAUACUCUCACUGUUGUUUGUAUCACAGUUCUAAACUAAUGUAUUUUUCCUACAUAAAAACUAGAAAAGCA